AUGAUGGAGGGAUCACUGAGCAAAUGGACAAAUGUAAUGAAGGGUUGGCAGUACCGCUGGUUCGUCCUGGACGAGAAUGCUGGCUUGCUCUCUUAUUAUACAUCAAAAGAGAAAAUGACGCGCGGCGUUCGUCGCGGUUGCGUGCGUCUUCGCGCGGCCGUCAUCGGGAUAGAUGAUGAAGACGACUCCACAUUCACCAUCACCGUUGACCACAAGACCUUCCACUUUCAGGCGAGAGACGGUUCAGAACGCGAACGCUGGGUCCGCGCGCUCGAGGACACGAUAGCGCGGCACGGUCGCCGCGAGCGAUGGUCGCGUUGCGUGCCUGCGCCUGCGCACCGCCACGGCGACCUCGAGAGGCGCAUCUCGGAGGCGGAUGCCUAUCUGCAAAUCAUGAUCGAGCUAGUCAAUAAAUUAAACAUAAAAGUAUCAGAUCUGACGGAUCCACACGAAAAGAGUAGGGGUCAAGUUAUAUUGGACCAUUCUAACGCAAUGCUCGACAACAUCAAACAUUCCAUAGUACUACUUCAAAUUGCAAAGAACACAGUAAACCCAGUCAAUGGUGUUUACCAGGGACCAACGAACCCCUCUCAGGCGCAUAUCAAAGAAGACUUAUCACCACGCGUGGAAUUGGGCGCUGAAUGUCGAGAACUAGCCACGCCCACUUUACCGUUGACGCCUCUGGACUCGAUAGAUGCACCGAGACAAGCGAUGUCGCUCCUGGUCCCCGACACGUCGUAUUCGUCAUCCGAAGGCGAGGAUGACUUUUAUGACGCUGAUGAGGAACCACCGUCGUUGGUACAGCCGGGUCCGAGCGCCAGUCGGACCUGCGUGACAGAAGGAGUUUCCGAACCGGAGGCAGCGCCCUCUGUCGACCUUCCGCGCACCAGAGACGGUGAAAUCGACUACGAUGCUCUGUACGAAGAUGACUCGGACAGCGACCUCGGCUCAAUGGAGAACCAUGGCUCAGUGGUCACGCAUCUCCUUUCACAAGUCAAAAUCGGCAUGGAUCUCACCAAGGUUGUUCUUCCCACGUUUAUCCUGGAAAGGCGAUCGCUUCUUGAAAUGUACGCGGACUCCUUCGCACACCCAGACCAGUUUGUCAAGAUAGUGGACAUGCCCUCGCCACGCGAGAGAAUGGUGCAAGUGGUGCGCUGGUACUUGAGCUCGUACCACGCGGGUCGGAAGUCCCAAGUCGCCAAGAAGCCCUAUAAUCCCAUUCUGGGUGAGGUCUUCCGCUGUCAUUGGGACCUGGACGGCGUCGAACCGCCCAAUAAUGGUGAUAAGCAAGAAGUGGGUGACGGCCCGGUCCCCUGGUGCACGCCGGACCAGCUGUCGUUCGUCGCAGAACAGGUCUCCCACCACCCCCCAAUAUCCGCCUUCUACGCGGAACACGUGAACAAGCGCAUACAAUUCGAAGCUUGGGUGUGGACGAAGAGUAAAUUCCUGGGCUUGUCCAUCGGCGUUCAUAAUAUUGGACGGGGGACUGUUACGCUGUUGGACUUUGGCGAAGAGUACACGCUCACCUUUCCCAAUGGUUAUGGCAGGUCAAUUCUGACGGUGCCCUGGAUAGAAUUAGGCGGUUCAGUGGUGAUAGAGUGUGUCCAAACGGGGCACAAAGCCAAUGUUGAAUUUCUAACCAAGCCGUUCUACGGCGGUAAGAAGCAUCGUGUGACGUGCGAGGUCUUCGCUGGAACUGAGAAGAAGCCCUAUUACACAGCCCAGGGGGAGUGGAACACCAGAAUGGAGGCACGGUGGACAGAAUCUGGGCGGACUGAAGUCGUGUUCGACGUUGCGACAAUGAAGACGCGUCGCAAGCGAGUCGCACCGAUUAGUCGCCAGGCGCCGCACGAGUCGCGUCGCAUUUGGCGUUACGUCACAGCCGCUCUGCGGGCGGCCGAUACUGAGGCUGCGACGGGCGCGAAACGGCUCUUGGAGCAGACGCAGAGAGAUGCCGCCAAGAAACGAGCUGAUAACGAAGAGGCGUGGCAAACACAGUUAUUCAGUCCGAAACCAGAUGAGGGCUGGGAAUACAACACGCCACUGAAGAAACGCAUAGAGAGCAAAACGCCACAACGCAGUCCCACACAGCGCGCAGAGAACGCGGAAACCAGAUAA